UCCACUUUCUUUUCUUUAUAAUUUGUUUAGUUUACGUUUCUUUAUUGCACUUUUCUAUAUUCUCCUCUAAUUCAAUGUACAUACAACAUAUCUUUUGUAAGUUGUAACAAAUCUGAGUGCCGUGUGUUUCAAGCUUUUGGCCAAAUAUGGGUUGCAUCGUUUCUUCUCGGAAAAAGAAACCGGCAACAAAAGGGUUCCCGGAAAACCGUCCUCGCUUCCAUACUCUUCCAUCAGAAAGAAGAAUAGCUGAUGAUGAUGGUCAUGAUCAAUCCCAAAAGGUUUCAGAACUGUUGCAGAUGAGUGAUACUUUAUUAGGUCAUCCCAAGGAGCUUAAGAGAGAAGAAAGUGUUCUUGUUGUUAAUGUUCAUCCUCGUUCAUCGGAAUUAGCUGCCUCCGGUUGGCCACCGUGGCUUAUCUCUGUAGCUGGCGAAGCACUUGCCGGUUGGAUCCCUGGCCGUGAAUCUGACUUUGAGAAGCUAGAACAAAUUGGGAGAGGAACAUUCAGUAAGGUGUUCAAAGCUAGAGAUCUUCUUCGUAACCAGACUGUGGCUUUGAAGAGAAUCCGGUUUGAUCUCAAUGACUCAGAAAGCACCAAGUGUAUAGCCAGAGAGAUCAUGAUCCUACGCAAGUUGGAUCAUCCAAAUGUCAUCAAACUGGAAGGGUUAAUGCUAGUAGACCACGAUUCCUCUACCCUUUACCUGAUCUUUGAGUACAUGGAACAUGACCUCUUGGGACUCUCUUCAUUACUCGGUGUCCAAUUCUCAGAACCUCAGGUUAAAUGCUACAUGAGGCAGCUCUUACGAGGGCUUGAUCAUUGUCACACUAAUAAUGUACUCCAUCGGGACAUAAAAAGCUCAAACCUUCUGAUCAACGGUCAUGGAGUCCUUAAGAUUGCAGAUUUUGGGUUAGCUACGUUCUUCGAUCCUCAUAACAGUGUUCCCUUGACAACUCAUGUUGCAACUUUAUGGUAUCGACCUCCUGAGCUUUUGCUUGGAGCCUCUCAUUAUAGUGCUGGGAUCGAUUUGUGGAGCACAGGCUGCGUGAUAGGUGAAUUAUAUGCCGGAAAGCCUAUUCUUCCUGGAAAAAACGAGACAGAUCAACUGCAUAAGAUAUUCGAGUUGUGUGGAUCGCCUUCAGAUGAUUAUUGGACAAAACUAAAGCUACAGCUGUCAGCUCCAUUGAGACCAAUGUUUCCAUAUGGAUCACGUAUAGCAGAGACAUUCAAAGAUUUUCCAACUUCUGUUAUUUCACUUCUAGAGACCUUGCUCUCAAUAGAUCCAGAUUUUCGAGGCACUGCAGCUAGUGCUCUGAAGAGCAAAUACUUUAAAACUGAGCCAUUGCCUUGCGAUCCAUCUUUUCUACCAAAAUACCCUCCCAGUAAGGAAAUCAACCUUCAAAUGCGCUAUAAAACAAGAAAACACGCUUCACAAGUUAGAAGGACAGACGAACCACAAACUAUCCAGCCAAUACUUGCAGAUUCUUCUCUUACAAAACCGGUGCAGAGAAAGUGCUCAAAUUCUACGAGCGAAGACAAUUCAUUUACAAAGUCUUACGAGGAAGACGAGUCAGCCAGUUUACCAGAUGAUUCUGCUAGACACAUGCAAACAUCUACGGACACAAUAACUGAGGAUGAAACUAUACCCCACGUCUCUUACACGGACCCAUCUAGAGAAGACCAGAAUCUAGGUGGAUCAAUGAAUAUGGAGGAACACAUACCUUGGCCUAUGAGUCCGUCUAGAGUUAACCCAACAGCAAUUCUGCCUAGCCUUUACGAGAAUGGGACAUCUUCUUCUGGAGGAGUAGGCAUCAGACCCACUCUGAUUGAGACAUAUACUGUCAUUUAGAUUAAAAUGGAAAAAAGAAGAAGAUUCAAACACAAAAAUAAACUUUCUUGGUCAA